GAAAAAAAAACCGCAUGAUCGGUGCAGAGACGAAGAUUCUGAACAGGGGAACCGGAUUCCCUUUCCUCGCAAAUAUGUACGGAAUCGGUGCUUCUUCCUCUCCGUUCCACACAGUCGUUGAAUCAUUUGUUGAAUUUCCACUCUCCAGAUUUAGAAACUAAACACAAUUCCUUACAAUUUCGAAGCUUCUGAUCAUCAAAAUCCACCGCUUCCCCGCGAAACUCCAUCAAUGGGAUACAGAUUCCACCGCCUAAAUCCCAUACUUCAAUCCUUCUAUUCCAGGCUUUCUUUAGCAACUCACAAAGAAUUUCAUGCGAUUCCCUCAACCCAAUCCUUCGAUCUUCAUCCCCAAGCCACAUUACUGGGAAUCUACGGUGAUCCGAAGAGCAAAAUCUGCAGACGGUGGCAUUUAGGCCACUCCCACCGCCAUGACGAUGACCAUCGAUUUGGCCAAGAGGGUGAGAAUAUUUUCAAGCUGGGUCUCGGCGCUGACAUUGGAUUGGCUGUAGGGAAGGCUUUCACGGGCUAUUUAUCAGGAAGCACAGCUAUAAUCGCUGAUGCCGCUCAUUCGGUUUCUGAUGUGGUUCUUAGUGGCAUUGCUUUAUGGUCAUUUAAAGCUGGGAAAGCUCCCAAGGACAAGGAGCAUCCAUAUGGACACGGUAAAUUUGAGACUCUGGGAGCCCUUGGAAUCUCUUCCAUGCUUUUAGCAACUGCUGGUGGCAUUGCUUGGCAUGCUUCAGAACUAUUACUGGGAUUGUUGUCAGCAGCUCCCGAAAUAGUCAAUCAGCCUCUUGGACACGAGAGUUUGCAUAACCAUAGUCACGGUGGACAUCAUCAUGGAAUUGACAUGGAUCAUCCUAUUCUAGCUUUGAAUAUGACUAUUCUAUCAAUAAGUAUCAAAGAAGGGCUUUACUGGAUCACGAAACGAGCAGGGGAAAAACAAGGAAGUGGACUCAUGAAAGCAAAUGCAUGGCAUCAUCGUGCUGAUGCAAUAUCAUCCGUAGUCGCUCUCAUUGGUGUCGGAGGUUCCAUCCUUGGGGUGAAAUUUCUAGAUCCCUUAGCAGGACUUGUUGUCUCAGGCAUGAUUCUAAAGGCUGGGCUUGAAACUGGAUACCAGAGUAUCUUGGAAUUAGUGGAUGCUGCAAUCCCAGCAGAUCAAAUAGAUCCCGUCAGAAAAACAAUACUUCAAGUUGAGGGUGUCAAGGGCUGCCAUCGCCUAAGAGGAAGGAGAGCUGGCUCUUCUUUGUAUCUUGAUGUGCAUAUCGAGGUUGAUCCAUUUUUGAGUGUCAGUGCCGCCCAUUGUAUCGGUGAAAAUGUUCGUCAACGGAUUCAUACAUCCCAUCCUGAAGCAUCUGAAGUUUUUAUACAUAUAGAUCCCUCCAUUUCCCAUGUCCCACUCAAGUUAUCCGACCAGCAAGGAGGAUCAGCAGGAACAUCGAAUCAAAAUAUAGACGACAUCGCUCUGGAAGAGAAGAAUAUCGAAGCAAUCGUAUCCAAAAUCAUCCUGUCCAAAUUUCAUGAGAGCAUGGUGGUUGAACGCAUUACACCCCACUUGUUGCAAGGCAAGAUCCUGCUCCAAAUCGAGGUUUCCAUGCCUCCCGACUUGCUAAUAAGAAAUGCAAUGGAAGUAGCAAAACAAGCAGAAAUUGAGGUCUUGAUGGCAGCUUCCAACAUUGUUCAUGUUAGCAUUCUGCUACGUUUGGGGCAUCAAAUUCCACAUCUCACCCACUGAAUUCACAUCAGGAAGAGUUCUAAGUCAGCUUAUAACUCCAAAUAUUUCUAAAUUUGAUUUGAAUAAUUGAGAAUUCGCCAAUUUUGUAGCAAAUAAUUAUUAUUUGUUCCUUCCCAAAUGGAUUGUCUGUAAUUUCAUAACAAUGUUACAGCCCCAUUUUGAUUAAUAAUUUUUGGAUUC